UAACUCGGUUGUCAGUGAUGAGUCAGAGUGCGUGGUGCUGAUGCUGCUGCCAUUUCAUCACCUCUGCGAGCGCAGCAUCCAUUCCUUCGCUCUCCCCGCGCCGGGGCCUACCUCGCCUCAGGCUCCCAGGCUAGCGAUGUGCUCGCGGCCGAUCUAGAUCCGGACCAAGCCACGCUCUCCGAGGCCUCGGCUGGGCGCCCCUCUCACCGCCCACGGCCGGCCCGGGCCGAGGAGACCUGCUGAGCCCCGGCCAUGGAGGCCAUCUGGCUAUACCAGUUCCGGCUCAUUGUCAUCGGGGAUUCCACGGUGGGCAAGUCCUGCCUGAUCCGCCGCUUCACCGAGGGCCGCUUUGCCCAGGUUUCGGACCCCACCGUGGGGGUGGAUUUUUUCUCCCGUCUGGUGGAGAUCGAGCCAGGAAAACGCAUCAAGCUCCAGAUCUGGGAUACCGCGGGUCAAGAGAGGUUCAGAUCCAUCACUCGCGCCUACUACAGGAACUCUGUAGGUGGUCUGCUCUUAUUUGACAUUACCAACCGCAGGUCCUUCCAGAAUGUGCAUGAGUGGUUAGAAGAGACCAAAGUACACGUUCAGCCCUACCAAAUCGUAUUUGUCCUGGUAGGUCACAAGUGUGACCUGGAUACACAGAGGCAAGUGACUCGCCACGAGGCAGAGAAACUGGCUGCUGCAUACGGCAUGAAGUACAUUGAGACGUCAGCCCGAGACGCCAUUAACGUGGAGAAAGCCUUCACAGACCUGACAAGAGACAUAUAUGAGCUGGUUAAACGGGGGGAUAUUACAAUCCAGGAGGGAUGGGAAGGGGUGAAGAGUGGAUUUGUACCAAACGUGGUUCACUCUUCAGAAGAGGUUGUCAAAUCAGAGCGGAGAUGCCUGUGCUAGUCAGCUGUCUGGGCCCCGAAACGUGCUCUCCCACCUGAACUGCAAAGCGAUCCCAACGAAGAGAAUCCCUGCGUGACCGACUGGACUCGACCUCCAUGUUACAUACCAAGUGAGCCUCCUCCUCAAGGGGCGUCUGACUGGCCGUGGGUGGGUGGAUGUGACUGAGGGGCUGCUCCGUGUGCCCUUUGCGAACCGCGUGUCGAGGGGCUGAGGUCCGGGGAAACUUUUCCAGAAAAAUACACCCUCAGACAGGGGAACUAUCUCUUGGUGUUUCCGCUCAUUCAUAGGUCACAAACAUAAAGAAAUAUGUAAAGGGGGGAAAGGAUCCCACUGGAAACCAUUAGAACUAAAACGACUGUGAGAUCGUGAUCGGUGAGAGUCCCUACACCGGUGUGUGCGCUGGGUUUGGCUAGAAGGUACCAAUUGGCUUCUAAACAGCUCGUCUGUAGAACGAGGGGCACAGAGCGGCUAUUCACUAAGACCCUUUUAAGGCCUGUUGUUCUAGUAAAAUCAGUGUGGCUCUGAGAAGGGAGGCCGUUCUACAUACUGUUCUUACCACACUCCAGAAAGCGCACCCCCGUGUGAUGGAAUAGAUGACCGUGUACGUAGAAGAAAGAAACACUGUAACCCACGCCGUACCCUCUGUCCCUCGUCCCAGGCCUGGAGUCCACCCGCCCGCCUCUCCAGGGGCCGAGCAGCUGUGUACAGGGGCGGCCUGUGAAAGGAGCCCUGAGGCAAACGUUUGCUGAUCACCCGUGUACUGAGACCCACACCUCACAGUCCCUUGAAUUAGUUACUGAUCAGCCCAACAGGCCUGUGAGGUUUUCUUCCCCAUUUUACACGAAUUUUACAGAAUAAACUAAGAAGCAGGAGAUGCACUUGGCUAAGGGGAAGGUCUCCUGACUCCUCGCUUGUUCCUGCUGUCAGAUGAACAAACUGUCACUAACUUGUUUACUUUGGAAGAGAUAUGACUGUAAAUAAAUGUUCUCUACAUGUUAGGGUAUGUUUCCUUAUUGCUUACGACUCAGCUACAGUCCUGAGGGAACCUGGGGACGGACCGAGACGUAAAGCCAGUUCAGGUCUCACUGACAAGAGGGCUUUAAAUGAGAGACUCAUUGCACACUCGAAACACAUCAAAACUGUGUGGGCUCCAAGUGUUCUUAUCACUGAAACACAGUGGACAUAUUCCUGCAAGGAACCAAAUACAGCAAUGGGGAGUGGGCUGGGGAUAAAAUACUCACCUCACAAUGACCUUAGCCGCCUGUUUGCCAUAUACCUACACUGGGUCCUUGUCUACCCUAGAGUCAGCUCUUACUUCUCAGGUGAACAGACAUCCAAUGCAUCAGGAAACUGAAACGGUUGGCUUAAGCUUCCAUGAUCUUCUUGAAGAGAAGUCCUGCUUUAAAUUAUUCUUUGGACUGUAGCCAGUGGAGCUAGGCAAAAGCCAUACUUUUCACAGUAAGAAAACAAUUCAGAAUAGUCAUGUUUCUCACAUCCAUUGUGACAGGAAAGCCUGACAAGGGGAAAUUGCUUUGACACACAAUGUCGAACUUCGGUAUGAACGUGACUGAAUCUGAAUGUCUGGGAAUUACUUCAGCCAGAAUGAAGCAGCCCAAUAACAAAAAUUAUGGAAACAAACCACCUUGGACCAACCUACAGCAUCAACUACAAGUGAACCAACCAUCGUCUCUGCGUUCACUUCCCCUGACCAGCUUGGGCGGAUUGUGGUUUCAGAAAGCAAAUAGAAGAGGGUCAGUGGGACUAAUGCAGUUUCAUCAACUACUGUAAGAAGAUUCCAAAGGCAAGAUUAUCCAGUAGAAUCUGUCAGUUCCAAAAAAAAAAAAAAAGGAUAGAAACAAAACUUCUCUACAGUUUUCUUGUCUAAAAUACAUUAUAUGUAUACUGUUCUCAUUCCUUGCAUUUUUUAAGGCAGGUUUAAAGAUACUCAGCACAGGAUCCAGCAAAGGUGGCUGAGCUUAAUUACUUAAACAAGUUCUAGAAAUUUUAAAAAUCAUGUUAGUAGCAUUCAGUGCUGUUGUCACUGCAAUAAGUGGGUUUUAGAGAAUAAGUGUGAAAAAAUCAGGUGUUAAUACAAUACUAUGGAUAAAGCUUUAGAAGCUAUUUUACUACAUAGGUCAAAGAAAAGACCAACUAACUUGUAACAAAGACCACCACUGCAUGCUGGAUUAGACUGUCUCCUGUUCCAGAAAAAACUGUAAACUUUUUCCCUCACUUUGUUGUGCAUUGUAAUGCAAUGUGGAAAAAUGUUUUCUUUAGCUGUAUGUGAAUGAGAAUUUGCUUGUAUUUAGUAAAAUGGUUGAUUAUGUGA